AUGUUUCAGCUGCCCAUCUUGAAUUUCAGCCCCCAGCAGGUCGCCGGGGUCUGCGAGACUCUGGAGGAGAGCGGGGACGUCGAGCGCCUGGGCCGCUUCCUCUGGUCGCUGCCCGUCGCGCCGGCGGCCUGCGAGGUCCUCAACAAGAACGAGUCGGUGCUGAGGGCCCGCGCCGUCGUCGCCUUCCACACCGGCAAUUUCCGUGAACUCUACCACAUCCUAGAGAACCACAAGUUCACCAAAGAGUCGCACACGAAACUGCAGGCGCUGUGGCUCGAGGCGCACUACCAGGAGGCUGAGAAGCUGCGGGGCCGCCCGCUGGGGCCGGUGGACAAAUACAGGGUGAGGAAGAAGUUUCCCCUUCCCAGAACCAUCUGGGAUGGAGAGCAGAAAACCCACUGCUUCAAGGAGAGAACCCGGCACUUGCUUAGAGAAUGGUAUUUGCAGGAUCCCUACCCGAACCCCAGUAAAAAGAGGGAGCUUGCACAGGCUACUGGACUUACACCCACACAAGUAGGAAACUGGUUCAAAAACCGCAGACAAAGAGACAGAGCGGCGGCUGCGAAGAACAGGCUCCAGCAGCAGGUUCUGUCCGGCGGCUCGGUUCGCUCUCUGGCGGACGAGGACGGCACCGUGGACCGCCUGGGGAACUCGUCCAGUCCGGAGGCCAGUCUGUCCAGCAAAGCAGCCGCCUCGGCCAUCUCCAUCACCUCCAGCGACAGUGAAUGUGACAUCUGACGGCCAGAACGAAGGGUGUUAAUGCGUCGAGGGGAGAUACGAGUGAAAGACAAUCUAAUAAAACAAGUCAUAGUGCCUGCGUUGAGUUAAGAAACAAAAAAAAGAAAGAAAAAAUUACAACAAAACACA